UGACCUUUACCUUUGUUUCACUCCAGAAGAAUCUUAUUACCCUACAAGACUCGUUGAGUUCACUCUCUGUCUCUGUCGCUUGAGCUUGAUCGACGCUAUUACAUCCGCCGUUCACACUUCCGACCACCAAGACAUGAGGUGGCGAGACAGUAUAGUUACAAGUGUUGUGUUUUGUCAUGUAUGCAGUCAUAACCCGGAGGUUCUUUGGGCUCAGCGUUCUGAUAAGGUUUACCUAACCGUCGCCUUACCUGAUGCAAAGGACAUUUCAGUCAAAUGUGAGCCUCAGGGUCUAUUCACUUUCUCUGCUCUUGGCGCCCAAGGCAAGCUCUUUGAGUUCGGCUUGGAGCUAUAUGGGAAAGUUGUGCCAGAGUAUAGGAAGAACGUUGGGCUAAGGAACAUCAUAUUUUCGAUUCAGAAAGAAGAGAGAAGCUGGUGGCCACGAAUCUUGAAAUCAGAAGAGAAGCCUGCACCUUACAUUAAAGUGGACUGGAACAAAUGGUGUGAUGAGGAUGAGGAAGUCAACUCUGAGACAGCCUCAGAUGAUGAGAGUGCAUUUGUUGAUGAAGAUUGUGAGAGCAGUGAUGAUGAUGGAUUGCUUUAUCUUCCGGAUCUGGAAAAGGCAAGAAACAACUAGCUAACCAUCAGCAACAACCAACCAACUCUGUUUAGGAAGCUGAAGAAAAAAAAAGGCAAAAGGAUUAAGAAGUGAAUCAUAGAGUGGUUUAGGAUAAUCCAGUUUGUUUUGUACUUUGCUAAACCAAAACACUUUGUACCUUUAAUUUAGGUUUCUUAGGGGAGUCAUCUUUAGUUUGAAUAUUGUGACACACUUUAUCGAAUGCUUAAGGCUUUGAAAUUUCAGUA